AUGGCAGCAAGUCUCAUGCCUAUUCAGCCUCCGGUCAUCGUCCGAGCAUCCGCCUCCACCUCCGGCAACCAGAAGCCCGACUCUCAACGCAAAAGCUGGUGGACUCCACUCUUCGGCUGGCCUUCCGAGCCCGACUACAUUGACUCCGGCAACAUCGACAAAAGCAGGAAGACUAACACUACUUUCUCGGCGAAAUCAGGCGCCACUUCGGAAUCGGAUCUGGAUCAGAGGCCGGUCAGAUCUCGUAUAUCUCCGGGGAGCUUCACCGAAGAAAAGGCGAGGAAGCUCCGGAUGCUGACGAUGGAAAUGGAGUCGUUUCACGAUGCGAUGUAUCACUCUGCCAUCGCUUCACGUCUCGCUUCCGAUUUCUCCGAUCGUUCUGAUGAAUGA